AUGGAUGUCCUUACUGCUAUAAAAUAUAUUGUUCGUGCGUGGAGAGAAGUGUUAUCAGAAACGGUGCGUAAUUGCUUUCGACAUACGGGAAUCCUUCCGAUUAUACAAAAUAAUGAGGAACUUGUCACUAACAAUAAUGAAGAACUUGUUACUGAUGAUAAUGAAGAUGAAUUGAUAGAAGAAUUGCAUGCAGACAUUGAAGCACUUCACCUUCGAAAUGAUGAUAACAGUGUAGAAAUACGCCAGAUUACUCAUAAUAAAGCAUUAAACGCCAUAGGGCUGCUUGAACAAUAUCUUUUUCAGCAGGAUUUCG